GUCACAUCACCACCAACACACGCACAGAGCCGCGCACAGAGGAGGCAGUGUGCUCAGAGCUGCGGAGACUCCCAGGUGCCAAACACGCACAAACACACACUCAGACACACACAGACACACACUUUCCUCCGCUCGGCCUAGAAAGACGAACUGAGCGACACGGAGCAGAGAACAGUCGGGACAUUUGGAAAUAUCGAAACAGGGAAGUUGGACUCGAGCGCGUCAGUUUCAGUGGUGGAAAAGUGAGUCGGUCAUCAGCAGCAUGUUCAGCUGGGUCAAACAGGAGCAAGGUGGACGCAACAAGGAAGGAGAGAUGUACCAGACGGUGACGGAGGGACUGCAGACCCUCUACCUCAAGAAGCUGCUGCCGCUGGAGGAGACCUACCUCUUCCAUGACUUCCACUCUCCGGCCCUGGAGGCCGCCGACUUCCAGAGCAAGCCCAUGGUGCUGCUGGUCGGCCAGUACUCCACCGGGAAAACCACCUUCAUCAGGUACCUGUUGGAGCAGGAUUUUCCAGGGAUGCGGAUCGGUCCGGAGCCAACCACUGACGGCUUCAUUGCGGUGAUGUAUGGCGAGAACGAGGGCGUUGUUCCUGGCAACGCUCUGGUGGUUGACCCCAAGAAACCCUUCAGGAAGCUCAACGCAUUUGGAAACUCCUUCCUCAACAGGUUCAUCUGCUCUCAGAUGAACAAUCAGGUUCUUCAGAGCAUCAGCAUCAUCGACACGCCUGGUAUCCUGUCAGGAGAGAAACAGCGAAUCAGCAGAGGUUAUGACUUUGCGGAGGUCCUGCGUUGGUUCGGGGAGCGGGUGGAUCGGAUCAUUCUGCUGUUCGACGCUCACAAACUGGACAUUUCAGACGAGUUCUCCGAAGCCAUCAAAGCCUUCAAAGGACAAGACGACAAGAUCCGAGUCGUCCUCAACAAGGCCGACCAGGUGGACACACAGCAGCUGAUGAGAGUGUACGGUGCCCUCAUGUGGUCAUUGGGAAAAGUGAUCAACACUCCAGAGGUGGUGAGAGUUUAUCUGGGAUCCUUCUGGGCCAAACCCCUGCAGAACACCGAGAACAGGCGUCUGUUUGAGGCGGAGUCUCAGGACCUCUUCAGGGACAUCCAGAGUCUCCCGAGAAACGCAGCACUCCGUAAACUCAACGACCUCAUCAAGAGAGCGAGGCUGGCCAAGGUGCACGCUUACAUCAUCAGCUACCUGAAGAAGGAGAUGCCAUCUCUGUUCGGGCGGGAGAAGAAGAAGGAGGAGCUGAUCAUGAGGCUGCCGGAGAUCUACACCAUCCUGCAGAGAGAGCAUCACAUCAGCCCCGGGGACUUCCCCAACGUCACCAAGAUGCAGGACAUGUUGCAGCACUACGACUUCAGUAAGUUCCCGUCUCUGAAGAUGAAGCUGAUCGAGUCGGUGGAUAAGAUGUUGGCCACAAAGAUCGCCGUUCUGAUGUCGAUGAUCCGGGAGGAAGAGUCCAAGCAGCCGCCGGCGAUGGUGUCGGGUGGUGCCUUUGAGGGCUCCCAGGAUGGGCCCUUCGGUCAGGGCUACGGCGAGGGCAUCAGCGCCGGGGCUGACGCCGAGGACUGGAUCGUCAGCCGCGAGAAGCACCGCUACGACGAGAUCUUCUACAUGCUGAUGCCCGUUAAUGGAAAGAUCACCGGCGUCAAUGCCAAGAAGGAGAUGAUGAACUCGCGGCUGCCCAACACCGUGCUGGGGAAGAUCUGGAAACUGGCCGACUGCGACCGGGACGGCAUGCUGGACGACGAGGAGUUCGCCCUCGCCCAGCACCUCAUCAAGAUCAAGCUGGAGGGCUACGAGCUGCCCAACGAGCUGCCCGAGCAUCUGGUGCCCCCGGCUCACCGUAAAAACCCCAUCGCAGACGCCCUGUACAACCACAGCGAGGACUAGGGCGCCAACAUGGGCGCUGGGCUAACAAGAGACUGACUGAGCUGAGAGGAAGUCCAAAUGUACAAAGUCACCAACGCUUCUGCUGCUGAUGUUCAGCGAACUGACAGAAGGUCACAGUUUAGGAUUUCCACAAUCGAGGAGCUCGACGAUCUUCAACCAUCGACUCGACCGCUGAUCUCACCUUUAAAUAAACCGCCCAGCAACAAACAAACUGAGGAAGUCAAAUAUUAUACGCUUUUAUUUUGGUAAGAUUUUAUAUACUGUACAAUUCAGCUGAUUUCAAUUCACCAAACAAGAAAAAAAUAGCUUUGUAUUUUACUAACCCUGCUUUAAACUGGAUGCUUUUAUUUUGAAAGAGGAUUGUUUUAAAGACAUUUCCUUAUAUUUAACUUCCUGUCUUAAUUUUCCUUCAUUCUCCGCUUCAGUUUGUCUAAAUGACACAAUAUGUGAGCAGCUCCGAUAAGAAUGAUGUCCUUGAAUUUACUGAUUCAUAAGAACAUUUCUGACCUUCAGAAUAAAAGUGGUAGAGGGUUCGGUUGUGGGUUUUUUGUUGUUUUUUUGUUGUUGUUGUUGUUUUAAAAUCAUUGAAAACAGAUUAAUUUUUUCCAGCCUUACAUUUCAGCGCUACUCUAAAUUAGCCUUUUUAUUUCUACAGCAUUAUGUUUCCCUGCUUUUAUUCUGAAGGCCAGAUGCGCCAGAUUCCAGAAGCUUUACUCUAAACAUGAGAACUCGCAGCCUUCGCAGAUCCUCGUCUUCAUCACUGUGAAAUAUUUGCCUUCACACUCCCUCCCUUUCUACGGAGAUGAAUCAGCUGAUUAAACAUUAAUGAGGCUGAUCAGCAGUCGUUGCCGAGGACAACAGAUGGAUCAGAUUUCAGUCUUUACAUUCAGGUUCAAAUUAAUAACAGAGAUUCAGGAGCUGAGAGCUUCUUCACUUGCUUCCUCCAACUUUUCACAUCCAGUCAGUUUUAGUUUGCAGGCAGAUGUUUGUUGGCACACGGAGACAAAUAAUAAUAUGAAUCCAUCAUCACUAAAGUACCAGCUGUUUCCAAAAUGACUCCAAACCACAUUACCCAUCAGGCUGCUGAAGCUGUUCACAGUUGUGCUCUAACAACAUUCAAUAUGAGAACCAGCUUCAUGGCACUGAAACCCAGAGUUAACCCCGACGUUACCUCCCUAACUCCAAAUCCUGAUUUAUAGUCCAGCCCUUAGAUCUGUUUAUGUUGGAGAGGAGGAGGAUGAUUCAGCUCCUGGUGAAAACCUCAUGACCAAUUAACACUCAAAGAAUAUUAAUCAGAAAUUUCAUCUGGUUGCAAACUGUAAUCCUCACCACCAAAUCCCCCUAAAUCUGACACACUGUCCCUGUAGCAAAUGUAAGGAAAUUAUUUCCAACAUUGUUUUAUUAUACACUCUUUCAUCUAACUCAAAAAAUCCCUCAUUAAAAAUUGCUGUCUUUUGCAAUGUGUUUUUCGUACAAGUUGACAUGAAAAUGAUGAUGAAAAAAAAAACCGGUCCUGACAAACAGUCUACACAGACACAAAUAGAGUUUGUAGUUUAAAGAAAAUGUUGAAUAUUUAAAUAUUUUAUUACAUUUUUAUUUACAUUUUCAAUAUUAAAAUCGCAAAGAAAAAACAACAACAUUUUGUCACUAAAAAUAUUGUCGUGUUUUAACCAGCAAAUAUUAAAUGAUUUUAAGAAAUGGGUAAAACAGUUACUCAAUUAAAAGAAUUUAUUCAUUAUGUCUGAUGCAGGUAGACUGAAAUCCUUCAGAGUAAAAGGUGUGACUGUGAUGUCACAGGUGUCGAGGUCACAUGAUCACAAAAAUCUAAAAUUCAUCAAAUCGGAGAAACAAAAAAAAUCCUGACUCGUCUUUAUGUCCACGUUUCAGAGCAGUAAACAGUCACUGAGGAGUUCAGACGCAGGACGAAGGGUCCAGGAGGUCGUCAGAGGUCAAAGUUCACAGUCUGUCCUGUUUAAACAGCUCACUGUCAGGACGAGAUGACGCUCGCUCAGCCGCCGCAGCUCGCCGUUAACUCGUCCCGUGGGACAGACGAUGUCCUGAAAUGCGUCUCUGUGUUUCCUCACAUUGUAAACGGCAGCAGAGACGAGGAGAGACACUGAACUUUGACCUCUGACCUCAGCAGACUUUCUUCCUGGUGGAGACCAUGGAAACGAUUUAAGCCUUUUUAUUUAUGGAUUUCAAAAACAAAACAAACUGGGAGAGUCAGUUGUUUAUGCAGCUGACUUUGUGCACAUGAACAGAUCAACUGUACAAUAAAGUAUGUGACCAGGGGUGUCCAAAUACUUUUGGCCAUGCAGUCUGCAUAUAAAAGGCAUGUUCGACCCAAACACAGUCUCUCCCACAGGAUGAGAAUCUGUGUGGCGGUAUCCAAAAUUCAGAGGUUUUUGGGGGUCUGUGAACGCAGCACAGGUGGAACUUUUCAUGAGGUUUCCAAAGCACUUCUUCCCUUCACGUCCUGCUGUUGUCAGAACCUAAAGUGGCCUUUGUUUUUUCCUAAUUUGAUCGAUUAUAACAUUAAACUGCUCAAAUCAUAGGUAUCUGGGCUGUGUUGGUAAUCUUUGCCUCCAGUUGCCUGCCCUCCAUCUGGACAGCACACCGAUGUGUGACAUCAUAUGCAAAGAAGCUAAUAGCACUCUGCACCAUAUGUCAUCAAAAUAUGUUUGUCUGCUCACAUGUUGCAUAUGCAUUGAUGUUUUUACACAAAUUACUAAAGUUAUUUUUAGUUUUGAUUUGAUUUUAAAAGGUUUGUCCGCCCCAAACACACCCGGAACCAUGAAAAUCUUGUAUGUAGAAAGCUAGUUAGCCAAGCAUGCUAAUGUUAGCAUCUUACAUCAGAGCAGAUAAAUACUGUUUAAUUAAUUCCGCACACUUUUCCUCUUGUGUUUUAGGAAAGUUUAAAAGUGACGACUACAAAUUAGCAUGCUUUUGAACCCUUAAUUAAUCCAAGGACUGUCAUGCCUAGUAACGGUUGCUAAGCUGUUCAAGGCGGGAAUUUCACACUUGCCGUGCUGUAUAAAAUGUACAAGCGCUGAAUGUGGCGACAGAGUUGUCUCGCCUUUAAGCCAACAUCGGAGGUGGUAACACUGCUGAAGCGAUGUCUGUAUAAACAGGAUAGUCAGCAGAACAGGAUCAUGGGUGGCACAGGUGUGACAUUUUGACAGUGUUAUGAAUGCGAACCAUUGCGGGAAACUUAAAAAGUAGCUGAUAGCAGUUAGCAGCUAACUCAAAGAAGUAGAACAGCAGCCGCAAAUGUCCACAAAUUGGGAAAACACUGAGGUCCAGGAGCGCCUUACCCCCAGAGCAGAGGAUGAGAUCAGCUGCCUUAUAACAGGGACGAUAAAUUAUUGUUAUUGCCAUGUUAUGAUAUUGUUAUUGUGUCCAAAGCACUGCCGAUGUCUAUGUUAUAAAUCACCCCCGUCAGGCCUCUUUUGCUUCCACGAUGCUAGCAUGUUGUCUAAAAUCGCACACUGGAGCGGAAUGAUACCGCUGUUGUUUGGUUCUGUGUAAAAAUGCAAAGGCGCCAUAAAGAAAGGACUUUGUAGCGGCACUUUAGCGCCAUCUCUGUGUAAACAGAGCUACUGUAAGAGGGGUUUUUACCUGCCAACCGAGAGACAAAACAUUGUCAGUUUGGUGUCAAAAAAGGAUGAAACGAGUCGAUGAAAGCAACAAAAGUAGCCGUGAAUCUUCUGUCUCUGAAUGUGCCUUUAAUCACAACACAGAGUUUGUUCUGCCAUCGACCACAGAUCCAGAUAUUAGCUGCAAGAUGAAGACGUUAUGAACCCCUCAACAUGUAUUUAGACUGAAUGUGAAGCUUGUAUCUGCAUUAUUUGCAUACAUUUGAUCACUGGAGUGUUUUUUGAGUCCACCCAGCUCACAACGUACGCACCAACUGAGAGUUUUUUUCCUCCACUUUCUUAACGUACUUACAAUGAACUCGAGUCAUUGACACUCUUUCAACGUGCUGCUUGGACCAGAUUCUUGUCUUUGUGUUGACUUCAUACAGCCUGCCUCUAAAAUUAGCUUCGUGUUCAAUCUGGACUAACUUUUAGCACUAAAAACAAAAUGUACACAUGCUGAUAAACUUGCUUCCAAAGUAACUCCAAUUUCAAAGCUGUAUUUGCACGCUGCCCCGCCAGUGCCUGUUCAUUUCAAAGCCUUUCAGAAUAACGAGAGGUUUCUAGCGUGAGUUUAGUGGAAACUUUUCCACAGCAGCGCCUCCUCGUUUCAGCUUGAGAAGAAGCUUCUUUGCAAAGCUUUAAUCUGUCAGUGCCUUUUUCAGUUUUGACGCCCUCUCUUCUCAUGACGGGACGGCUGCGUCCUCGAGGAUUUAGCAGCCGGGCGGCUUCUGUUUAGUGCCUUCAACUUGCAAUGAAACACAAGCAGAGAGUAAAGUUUCUAGUUUUGAAUCUUACAGCUCCACGUCUUUUUGCAUUUCAUCUGUCCAUGUGAGAACGUCUGUAAAGCAUCUCUGUCCCUGAUUAAAUGUCUGUAACAUGCAACAUUUUAGUGCAUUAAAAUGUAAAAUCUGCUUUCUGGUGGUUUCAGGAGCCUCCACAGAGUGGGAAGAUUCAGUUUCUAAUGUGUCCUGUGUGUAAAGAUGCGACUCUCAGUCAGAAUGUACGUUCAAUGAAAAGCUCUAAAUCUAAAUCUUCAUUUAUCUGAAAUGUAAAAGUUUUUAUUUUUGUGAUUUCAUUGUAUUUUGUAUUUUUGAUGUGUGAACGUGUUACUGAUCAGAGGUCUGUUACUGUGCUCUGAUGAUGUCCAACUGAUGAUGUCAUCCUGUCAGCAGAGGUGGAGACAAAUAAAGUUUAUUCUACACAUGUACCCA